UCAUCCUCCCGCGUUUUCCUUGGCUCCUGGUUUUUUUCUCUCUACGACGAUCAUCAUCACGUUCUCUCGGCUCGUUCUUAGCAGACAAACGAGGACAGAUUGUUAUCACCAUGGCGAACCCCAGGCAACGUCGUAAGGCCCGGUCUUCGUCGCACAAGCCCGUAUCCCAUUCGCGGCGAGCAAAGAAAUUGCUGAAGAAGCAGCCGGCCAUACGCGGUCCCAAAGUUCUCCAAGAGGCUUGGGAUCCCCGGAAAACCGUGAAGCAAAACUACGCGGCGCUCGGUCUGAUGCACUCACUCAACCCUGUGGCUUCGGGGGGCAUGGAAGUCGACGGUCCCGUCGCGGGACCCAGCAACAGCUCAGGGACCGCUGGGACCGAAACCGAAGCUUCGACUUCGACGCAUUCAAAUUCCACCACGGGCUUACGGCCAGGGUUUGGCAGGAUCGUCCGAGACGCCGCGGGGCGCGUGGUGGACGUGGAGCUGGGAGAGGAGGAAGAGGAAGUGCCGGCAGCGGAUGGGGAGAAGGGCGACGGCUCUGAUGCGUUCACGCCUCUCGCCACUGUGGAAAUCCCGCAGGAAGGGACUGCUGCCGAUUGGGCAUCGGUCCGUACGCGCGGUGGAGGAGGAGGAGGGGCUACGUCCGGAUCGGGCAACGAGGUCGUGCAAGCUCUCGCGCAGAUGACGUCGGAACAGCGGCAGGCUAUCCGGACUUCGUCGUCUGGCGAGGUGGGCUACCUCCGGCGCCUAGUCCAGGCCCACGGGCGAAACGUGGCGGCGAUGGCGCGGGACCGGAGGCUGAAUACGGACCAGAGGACGGAGGGUCAGCUGCAGCGCGCGAUCUCGCGCGCGGGCGGGUUCGAAGCGCUUGAGGAGGCUCAGAGCUAGCGGCAGGCCGGGCGGGAGCGCGUUGGAUAAGAUUGGAUGAGGGGGAGGUUCGGCGGACGUCACGAGCCGGUGGCUUCGAGGUUAUCACGGCGGCUUCGGGGGUCGCUUCUGGCCGAGACUGUGCAAGGACGCUGGAGGAGGGAUGGGCUGGAGGGAUGAUGACGAGGAGGCGGAAGAUUAGCAUGUAUGUGGACGGUGCGUGCCCCCACGAAGGGCGGUGUCGAUUCCCACCAGAGGAAGCGGGAGGGCGCCACUUUCUGAUGAGUGUGCGGGCGUUGCCUUGGAGAGGCUGGACCGGGUAUGAGAGAGAUGUCGGAUCUCUGGGCGCUGGCUGCGUCCAAAGGGGCGGCGAAGAAAAAGGCACGGAUCCGUCGAUUAGAUGUUGUUCCACCACAUGGCUACACGUGAAAUGAAUAGACGUAACGAAG